UCCGCUCGUUGGCCAGACAGUUCGGGGAAGCAUCUCCGUUAACAGUACAGCCAAAGCCGUUGUUCGGUCUCUCCCGCUCGCGCUCCUGCUCUCAGACCAGCAUCCCGAGUGAGAACGCAGUUACAGGUGUACUUGUGUGUUAUCGUUGCAAUACCCACCUGCAGUCGCUGUCGCAAAGAUGGUCAGCUUCCUUUCCCUUCGCAUGGUGUGCUCCGCCGCCCUGGUGUCUCUGCUGGUGCUGGCCUUGUCGUCCCGCAGCGCCUUCGCCCGCUCCGUCGACGGCGUGGGGCGCCUUGAGAAGCUGUUGUCGUCCUCGUCUUCGUCUUCGUCAGGCUCUUCUUCCCCUCUGCUUGCCCUCGGCGGCGACCACAGCGUGAACAAGCGCGACACCUUCGACCACUCCUGCAAGGGGAUCUACGACCGGGAGCUCUUCAGAAAGCUGGACCGCGUCUGCGAGGACUGCUACAACCUGUACCGCAAGCCCUACGUCGCCACCGAGUGCAAGGUCAAUUGCUUCGUGAAUCAGAGGUUCAGUAACUGUGUGGCUGAUCUCAGAUAUGAUGUUAACCGCUUUGAGAAAAUGGCUAUGUUUCUCCGCUAUUCAUAAUGGUUGAAGGCUAUGGAGUAACUGUUACGCCAACUUCGUAUUCAAGCAGUGUCUCGACGAUCUCCUUAUGGUCGACGCCAUUGACGAGUACGUGAACACCGUCCAGCUGGUAGGGAAGUAAAGGACAGGAGUCUCACAGGACAUUAAUGUGAAAGAAAGGAGAAAAACAAACACCAGGAAAUAUAUAUGGAAAUUUUCACGGCAACGAGAAUAAUUUUUGAAAGCCCUUUGUCUGGAGACUUGGGCCAAAUGGGGCCAAAGAAAAUAAAGAUGCAGUAAAAAAAAGAAAAAAAAGUUAUCUUUAAGUUAUCUUCUUCAGGAAAUCACGAUGCUCUCUGGCAGCUCCCAUAUCAUUCCAUUCUCUUUAGUAAGAUAUAAUUUCUACCUAGCAAUGUUAUAGAAUACAUAGUAGCUAUAUUAUGCUAAGUAUUUAUUGAAGAUCAUAUAUUUAUUUUCAUACCCUUUUGAAGUGACCUUUGACGAUUCUCACUACUGUCCUGCUCUGAUUCAUUUCUUCUUGCUCCUGUCCCCGACUAUUUAUGCAAUUCUGGUUAUACGCUUUGAAAAGUUAUUUUUGUAUGGUCGAUAAUCAUUAAUUAUAAUACAGUGUACAAUUCGGCAUUUGCGUGUGAAAGAAAGGGUAGGAAACCACACAGCACAGGAAGGCACUUGAGUUUCAGUAUGAAUUCUUCUCCGGGAUUUUCUGAAUAUUACGUUUUCUUGAAUCUACCCUCUGCGCACAAAAUGAGGUAGAGUUACAAAGUUAGGGGCUGGAAGAAAUACCCAGUGUUACUUUGUCUUUAUAUUCACCAUUUCUCUUUCCUCCACAUAGAGAGAAAGCACAGGAUUUGAUAAAUUCCAAAAUAUCAGAUCUCCCCCCCUGAAAAAAAAAAAAAAAAUCCCGUUGUUUUAGUCGGUAGAGUCUUUCGAAAAUAACUUUCCAUUUCUGUCCCAGCUCGAUGCAAGGUAAUCUUCAGUUUCUUAAGUAAAGAGAAAAAGGGUUGAUUACCUGUUUUUUUCUUGAUAAUAAGAAAGAAAAAAAAUCGUCUAGAUCUCUGUACUUACCACUUGUUGCGUGUGGUGCCCAAACCCAAACCCUGAUUAUGUAACCAAAGAUUAGAAUUUAGUGGAAUCCUUAACCUUUGCGUUUGUGUUGGAUCCUUGAGAUUUUGAAUAAAUUAUUAUAAUCA